AAUUCACCAGGCGAUAUCCACUCAGCGAGAGUUUCGCUCAUUCAAAACCGGCUGAGCGAACACAAAGUUACAAAGAAACAUGUAACAUAUGCAAUAAUUACUAGCCUAAUAUUAAAUGGGAAAUCAGAUGAAGUAAUCAUCAAUGAAAUAGUGGGUCAUGUUGCCCCGCCACCUCCCCCACCACCAGCAAUUUAUGGGGCAAGCCAGGUAGCACCCCCACCUCCUGGAUAUCCAUCAACCUAUCAAUUAUAUGGAGGAAGCCAAUAUGGAGCAAGCCCAAGCUGGGCAGGGCCCCCCGCCUGGGGAGGUCAAGGAUGGCCAAAGCCUCAUGAAUCACAGAAGACCAUGCAGAAUGACGCUACAUCAUUAAGAGAUGUUGUUAAAGAAGAGUUUAGAGCUCUUUGGGCAGAGGAGAGGAAGGCCGAAAAAGAGAGACUGGACAGAGAGAGAACAGAAAGAGAAAGGAGAGAGAGAGAUAGGAAAGAGAGAGAUAGGAAGGAAAGAGAGAGGCAGGAGAGAAAGAGAAGGGAAGUUGAAAGAGCGCGUCAGGAAGAAGAAAGGAAGACCAUGAAAGAAGCAGCUGAGAAAAAAGCCAAAGAAGAAGAAGAAAGGAAGACCAUGAAAGAAGCGGCUGAGAAGAGAGCAAGAGACGAAGAAGAGAAGAAGAUGAAGGAAGAAGCAGCUGAGAAGAGAGCAAGAGAGGAAGAAGAGAAGAAGAUGAAGGAAGAAGCAGAGAAACGGGACCAAGUCUCUAAGGCCAAAAGGAGGAAGAAGCUUUCUAAAGAAAUUCCGGCGGGAGAAUGGGUCUUUCAUUCUAUUCUACACUCUGCGAGUCAAUAUCAUCGGUGCUCGCAGAUGAUUCUUCUCGUUUAAUCUCUAAAAUAUUCUUUAAUGUAUUUUUUAUAAACAUAUAAAUAAAAUAUAUAUAUAAUUUA